AUUGACCAUCUCAUCUCCUACACCAUUGUGUGUCACAUCAAUGAUUCCGUUUAGGCCUUCUUGGCUCCCAGCCUUGCAAGGCGAGACGACCAUUUCCGAUUCAGUCGAUCGCAGCGUCUACCUGAACUGACAGUCGAAAGUGCAUUCAUGUCAGCGUACGAUAAUUCAUCUACGCCUACCCAUUCACUCGUUAGAAAUCUGGAAUCUAUUUGAUCGUGUAUAUGUGUAGAGGCACGAUCUCCCGUGUGAAUAAUGGCGAACCCGUAUUGUUCAACGAUGUCCUAUUGUCACAGUCUGUAGCCCAUCACCUCACAUCAUGGAUAUUCAAUUCUCAGUCGUACUUACUACGUGGAUUUACACUGUCGCUUUCCUCCUCUGUUCCUAUGCAAUAUACUGUCCAACUCCGCUUUAAUCAAGACUCGCGUCACGAAAUGAAACUUUUCCUUAUUUACUGUCUUUGGUUUUCCUACCUCGCGCAGGCCGCAAAUAAAAUCCAUACAGGCUUCAACUACGGUACUUUCUGGGGUGUGGAAGAAAAUGUCAAGCAGAAAGCAGACUUCCUCGAUGGCUUCAACCUCGCCCGAAAUCUGACUACCGACAUGCCCUUCGAUAGUGCCCGCCUGUUUACUUGCAGAGCAGCGAAAACCCUCGACGAGCCGACUGAAGCUUUCGAUGCCGCUGUUGUCUCCAGAACCAACCUGCUACUGGGUUUCUGGAUAACGCCAGCGCAGAAGGGCGGUUCACCUGAUGAAAACGUCAAAAACGAGAUGGUCGCACUCGAGAAAGGGUUCAAGAAGCACGGUCAAGCUCUUUCCGACCUUGUUAUUGGACUCUCCAUAGGCAACGAGGAUGUAUACCGUGCCGAGGCAACUGAAGAAAUUGGUCUUACCGCAGCGGUCGUUGGGCAGACCAUAACCCAGGUGAAGAACAGCAUCGCUUCAUCGUCGUUCGCCCAGUACAUGAAGGACAAACCGAUUGGCCACGUCGAUACCGCGCAGUAUGCCGUAGUGGAUAAUGCAGACUUCAUCGGCAUGACUGCAUAUCCAUACUGGAACAAAGACAGCAUCGGGACAGCAAGUACAAGCUUUCAAGGCUCUCUCGAGGGAGUCAAGCAGCGCGCAGGCAACAGACCGGUUUGGAUCGCGGAAAUGGGCUGGCCUUUUACCGACUCCGAGCAACAUGGCGCUGCCGUUGCCGGUAUAGACGAACUCCAGAAGUUUUGGAGUGAGGUUGGCUGUGCUGUGUUUGGGAAGUACACUACUUUCUGGUUCGAGUUACUCAGAGAUACUACAUCGGAUCAAAAGGCCGAUUGGAGUAUCAUUGAUCCAAGCUCUCGGCAGUCAAGAAUCAAGAAUAUGAGCUGCGGAAACCCUCAGCCCAAGCCACCCGCUGAAGCUCCAGCUAUUUCAGGAGUACCAUCUAAGUCUAUUGCAUCAACACCCCCGGAGACACCCAGCUCUGGGUCGCCAAUCAUCCCGAGUGCCACGCUUAUAUCAUCACCUUCUGUAUCGUCGAUAAUCGAAUCAAACACAGUACAUAUAACGGUGACUAGCACGACUUCUAUAACUCCGCAGCCUAUCACACCUUCGGUAGUAGCUUCCAGCGGGCCAUCUCUCGUGACUGUAAUAGUUACCUUGACGAGCAUCACCACAGUAACAGCACAGCCUUCAAUGACUACAAUAGCGAAUGUGAGCCGAUCAACAUCCCAAAAUGAUGUCGUCGGCUUACUCACACAAGACCAGCCAGCAACAGGCCCCAGAACCGUCACCGUGAAGACCACAGCAACAACUGUCGUCUUUGCCAAAACCACAGUGAUCCCUCCUCCGAAUAACGUACCCGCCGAGGUCAACUGGUGCGUCACAGUCGCUGACAUAAACCGAAAUGGAACACCUGUACCCGUCGCAGGUGGACCUGCAGGGUCAGGCGGAGAAUGCGUUUCCCCUCCAACUUUCCAAGGAUAUCCGUACGCAGCAGGGGGAAAAGCGAAACCUUCAGUGAUACCCAGUGGGACAGACUGGUGCGUUAUUAUGGCUGAUAUCGAUAAUGACGGUCGUCCUGUACCUGUUGAUGCCGGGCCAGCUGGAGCAGAUGGCGAGUGUACUGUUCCGCCCAUGUACAGUGGACUGCCCGCGACAGCUACGUUGAUUGGCGGUUCCAAGCCAUCUGAGGCGGCGAAGGGGUUUCUAGUGCCCACUUCUCUGACAGUUAAUUUCUCCUUGCUCUCAAGCAUCAAUGUACCAGCCACUUCUGUUACUCCAUCACCCACUUCAGCAGUAAAACCAGAAUGCGAACGCCGCCAGCGUCGAUCUGUAUCACUAUCCACAACAGAUACCUCGACAUUGAUCUCAGUGUCUUCUACGGUAACAGUAUCAGCAUCGCUUCUGCCGACUCCUACCCAUUCCGUCACUUCAGUCAUCCUACCGUCAGGCCCAUCAGGCGCAACUCUUGCAGAGUUUAAUUGGCCUACGCCGGCGGCUGGCGUAGAAGCCAGGGUGGGCAUUGAAAGUAGAGAUAUGGUGUUACUUACGCGACGUGGCUGGAACGCCUUUUGGGGGAGAGUCGGUUCUUGGCUCAAGAAGACUGGAAACAAGAUUAAGAAUGUAUUUCACUAG